UGAAAAUAAUUGUUCACUUAGGCUGACACAUUGACCCUGUCAAACCAAUUCUGAUUAGUUUUAUUAUCUUGUUUCUAAUAACGUUUCUUAGCAUUUGCCCAUGUACAAUUCUUAAUUAGGUUCACUAUUCGGACGACAAAAUUGGUCAUGAACUUCUACACCUCAAAUACAACAAAAAACUUUUUGGUGAUCCGUGGGCAAGUUUUGACUGUAAAAAGGGGUCCAUGGGUCAAAAAACUUUGGUAACCACUGGUCUGAUGUCUUAGUGAUUCAACACAUAACUGAAGACGGCGAGUAAGCGAAGGACGUAAGACCAAUACACGGUGAAAUUGAAAACCAAAAUGAUCGGUCAAAAUCUCUCGACAGGAAUUUGAAAAAACUCAGGGUAAAAUGAUGCCCCAUUUGUUUGCCAAGAACAGGCCCGUUGAAGUUCGAUCUUUUUAGAGUCAUGGCGAUUCUGCUUCAUUCUCUUUCUCAAAUGUAAAUUAAGUCAGAAGUAAAGAAAAACUAGCACAAAAUUCUGGAUGGACUAAAUAUAAACUAGAUGGCUAUAAUGGGAUCUGACAAAAUGGGAAGAAAAAUCGACUUUGAAGACUCUGCCAAGUGGUUUUAAAUUAAAGAAUGAAGGCCGCAAGAUUCAGGAAGAAAUGUGUGGUGUAGUGGUUAAAGGAUUGAAGUAUAGCCCUAACAAAACUCCUUGGAUAUCGGAAAUAUACUUUGUGCACGUGAAGCAUUAUCCUAGGAGAGCACAAGGUCAUCUUGCGGUAGGUUCCGGGACAUGAGAGUACUGAAGGAAACGAAUAGGCUGAUCAGCCGAAGAAGUCACAUGAAGUACUCUCACCCAUGGGACCAGAGCCACAACUAGGAGAGUGUUAGACCUAAAGUUGAAGCUGGAAAAUUGUCUUGAGAAAAAAAUCAAAAACUGGAGAAAAGCACUGCUAAUGGAUGGUACAUCUAUGAGUUAUUCGGCCCACUGCUAUGCACUACUCUGGGAACGUGUGGAAUGAAGGGAUUAGUUGCGCGAUCAUUUUAUCAUUAAAAUGGGAUAGUCGGGUAAAAUGUUCCCCGUGCGGAUACCAGGUGGAAUACCGGGAGCUGUUGGAGGUCCUCCAAAGUACCAAGAGCCACAACCGGCUACGUCGGGCAGCCAGCAGAAGCCUUCCAAGCAACAAGUGAAAUUACAAGUGAGACCAUUCACUCGUGAAUCUUUGGACAAACAAGAAUCGAGGAACGCCCAAUUGGUCAAAGACUAUGGCUUCCAACCAAAAAGAAAACUCAGCGUGGAGGACGGCUCUGUCCUGCCUUGCAAAUUUGAGCCUUUUCCUUCUAAUCUGUAUGGGAAACCGCUGGAAGAGAUCGACAACUUCAUUUACGAAGAGACUUUCUGUGUGGUUUCGAAACGAUUCCGAAAGAAGUACAUUCAUCGCUUCACGGCAACACCAUCAUUCUUCCUGUUUUCGCCGUGGAAUGCAAUACGAAGAACGUGCAUCUUCCUAUGCACCAAUCAGUACUUCGAUUAUGUCGUUAUGACGACAAUCCUACUCAACUGCGUCUUCCUCGCAAAAACUGAACCACUUGAUGAAGCCGAGUAUAUAUUUUUGGCGAUCUACACGGCGGAGAUGCUCAUCAAGUGCGUCGCAAAGGGCUUCGUCCUUAACAAGUACACCUAUUUGAGAAACCCUUGGAACUGGCUUGAUUUUGUUGUGAUAACCUCGGGCUAUGCGACAAUAGGACUUGACGUUGGCAACCUAGCAGGCUUGCGAACAUUUAGAGUUCUUAGAGCUUUAAAAACCGUUUCCAUUAUGCCAGGUCUGAAAACAAUCAUCAACGCCUUGCUCCACUCUUUCAAACAACUGGCAGAAGUAAUGACACUGACGAUAUUCUGCCUGAUGGUUUUUGCUCUUUUUGCUUUGCAAGUCUAUAUGGGGGAACUGAGAAAUAAAUGUGUGCCAACUCCUCCUGAAUUCCUCUCUCACAUUGGUUGGAAACUAUGGAUUAACAAUGAAAGUCAUUGGUUAUUUAACGAUGACGGUGACCCUGUGAUCUGUGGAAAUGUGACAGGAGCAAGACAUUGCCAAAGUGGUUACAUUUGUUUGAGAGUCGGUGGCAAUCCUAAUCAUGGUUUCACCAGUUUUGACAAUUUUCUCUGGUCUAUGUUAACAACUUUCCAACUAAUUACACUAGACUACUGGGAAAAUGUUUACAACAUGGUACUUGCCUCGUGUGGGCCCUUAAGUGUUGUGUUUUUUACUGUUGUUGUCUUCUUUGGAUCCUUUUACCUUAUUAAUUUAAUGUUGGCUGUGGUAGCUCUAAGUUAUGAAGAAGAAGCAGAAAUUACUCAAGAGGAGAGACGUAAAGAUUUGACUGAACAUCGUGAUGAUUCUACUUUUAGUUUUGACCCUUCAAAAAUUACAAUUAAACAAUUAGAUAGAGGUAGUAAAAAGAGGAUAGAUUCUAGAAAAGGAAUGCUGCUAAGUUCAUAUUCAAGGAAGAAAACACGUAGACGGAAACGACGACCUGGAACUGAAAGCCCUAACCAAGGGAAAAAUGAUCAACAUUCAGCUACAUGUCAAGAAGGGGAGGAAGAGGAAGAAGAAGGAGGUUUUAAGGGAGUCAUUGUCAACCGAGAUGUUCUAAGACGAAGAGAACGAGAAAGAGAAUCGUCAUUAGAAGAUUCUGGAGUCGUUGAUGACCAUGAGGAAGGUGACUUGACCUCUGAAGAUGUUGCUCAAUCCACUCCACCCGUUCAUAGACUGAAUGUUUCUCCUUCCCUGGGUGUUAGUGGUGAAGCUAAAACUCCCAAAGCAAAACCUGGACCCUUAAAGUGUAAUGGAGUGAACCCAACAUCUUCUUGUUCUAGGCCACUCACUGUUUACACUUUGCCACUGGAUUACAAACAAGUGGUUACACUAGAUAAACUUAUUGAUCGAAACUGUGAUGGAUGCAGUCAGUGCUGUACAAAUUACCAAUCUUGGUUGAAAUUACAAAACUAUUUAUACCGGAUUGUUCGAGAUCCAUUGUUUGAAUUAUUAAUAACUGUUUGUAUAUUAUUAAAUACAAUGUUUUUAGCAACAGAACACCAUGGGAUGAGUCAAAAUGUGAAAAAAACAUUAGAUAUAGGAAACAAGGUAUUUACGUCGAUCUUUACAUUGGAGUGCACUCUAAAACUAAUGGCACUGAGUAAAGAAUUUUUUAACUGUGGUUGGAAUAUAUUUGAUUUGAUAAUCGUAUCUGUGAGUCUUCUUGAUUUGUCUUUUGAACUGGUUGAUGGACUUUCAGUACUUAGAUGUUUAAGAUUAUUACGGGUACUUAAAUUAGCGCAGUCUUGGACAACAAUGAAAGUUCUACUAAGUAUAAUUAUAUCGACAUUGGGUGCUCUUGGGAAUCUCACAUUCGUCCUUGUUAUAAUUAUUUAUAUAUUUGCCGUAAUUGGGAUGCAGUUGUUUUCAAAGGACUACACAAUUGAACGGUUUGAUCCUGAUCCUGUUCCAAGAUGGAACUUCAAUGAUUUUUUUCAUUCAUUUAUGAUGAUUUUUCGUAUAUUAUGUGGUGAAUGGAUAGAACCAUUAUGGGAUUGUAUGAGAGCUGAAGAAAAGGAGGGAGCUGGUGCUUGUUUUGCUAUUUUCCUUCCAGCCCUGGUAAUGGGGAAUUUCAUGGUUUUGAACUUAUUUUUGGCUUUGCUGCUAAACAGCUUUAAUUCAGAAGAAUUGAAGAACAAAAAAGAGCUGGAUCUCCUAGCAGAAGAUGAAGAGGUAGCAGAAAUGAAGGCCCUAUGGUCACACCAUGUCAAAGUUGCAUCAUCAUUUUGCCAACGUUGUAAACGUUCUAAAAAAACAUCCUCUAAACCUCCUAGAAAUACAUGCCGCACAGCAGUCAUCAGAGUAACUGAGGAAGUUGGUGAAGAUUCGAAAUUGGCCAGAAGCUUUGAAAGAAUUCGUUCAAUUAUCAAAAAACAUCGAAAAAGGGAUGCAACAGAAGGAGAAGAGCAAAGUUUAAAAUUGCAAGAAAUGGUUAAAGAUAUGAUUAAAAAACAAAAGGAAUUAAUAUCCCAAGAAACUGUAUUUUCAUCGCAAGAUGGAACUAAUGAAUUAAAUCCGUUAAAUUGUGAAGAAACUGUAAUUAACGAAAGGAAGUAUUCCAACAGUUCAGCUACACAAGGAAGACUGUCAAAUGGAUCUUCUACACAUAGGCAAUUUUCAAAUGGAUCCUCCUCAGAUAGUAGUAAAACAGAAUUGAAAGCGAACAUCCGUGAAUCUAUGCAAGAAGAAAAUGAUAUUGUCUCGAAUGAAAAGGAAGUGGUAGAAAAGGAUUGCUCUUCAGAAUACCAGUCAAAAAGUUUUCAAGUAAUAACAGCAGAAGACAUAUCUAUAGAUGAGCAAGAAGAUAUUCAACUAGAUAGUAUCAGAGAUAGUAUUAGGGAUGAUAUAGCUGAUGAUUUGGUUCCUAACCAACCAGACCCAUUUCGCAUUAUUGUUGAGUCGGAAAGCGGGACCUUGUUGAAAAAUGAUUCUUUUGUUAAUUGUUCAUAUGAUGAAAGCACAUCGCUCUCUGAGCCGAAAAAGAGAGCAUAUGAAAUUUUAGAGGUGCAGAAACUUGAGCAAGAUUUGAGUAAUGAAUGCACAGAAACAGCCUCCUUAGAACCAACCUUAAGCUUCGGAGAACGUGAAGAUGCUUUGUUUAUGCGAAUAAUGGAAGAAGCCAUGAGAUUUGCUCCCACACUUAUCGGGCCGGGAGUUUCAUUGCCACCUGUUGAUGAAGAAUCUCCAAUAUUUGAAGGCGAAAGAAGGCUCUCUGGGACAUCAGUUAAAGAUUACUAUACAGAACCAUUGAGACGGCCGUCUUUCGCAGCAGCCAACUUAAUCCACAGGCAUUCAUAUGCUCUAGCAACGAGGAAAGAAAGUUUUCAAGCUGCUGAAGAGAAAGAAGCUCCUGAUAAAAAGAGAAAGGAUGGCAAAGGUGCCUGGUUAACUGUCGUUUCCUACGUAGAUGAACUUACGGUUGGUGGAAAAAGGGACGAAGAAGGAAGAUUCAUUGAUGGACUUGGAUCGUUCCCAGGAUUCGGAAGGAAAAAACCUGACAAAUUACCACAUGAUUGUUUUCCACAAUCAAUAUAUAAUAGGGUUGGCCUUUGCGACGAAUGUCUUAAAACUGAAUGUGGACAAUGGUGGUUUCAUGUGAGAUGCAGUGUCCUUUCUGUUGUUGAUACUCCAGUAUUCGAAUGGAUAAUUCUUGUUCUAAUAUUUGCCUCCAGUAUAACCCUGUGUUUUGAAGACAUAUAUCUAGAUGAAAAUUUAUUUCUUAAAAAUGUUUUGUAUUGGACAAAUCUCGCAUUUUGUGCAUUGUUCAGUUUGGAAAUGAUUCUAAAAUGGAUUGCUUUGGGAUUUUAUAAAUACUUCACUAGCUUCUGGACAGUACUAGACUUUCUCAUAGUAUUUGUUUCUGUAUUCAGCCUCUUGAUAGAAGAAAAUGAGAAUUUAAAAGUUUUACGAUCUCUUCGAACACUAAGAGCUCUUAGGCCUUUAAGAGCUAUUUCUCGGUGGCAAGGGAUGAGAAUUGUAGUAAAUGCCUUGAUGUAUGCAAUACCUUCUAUUUUCAAUGUUUUAUUAGUCUGCCUUGUUUUCUGGCUAAUUUUUUCCAUAAUGGGCGUUCAGUUUUUUGGAGGAAAGUUCUUCAAGUGUGUAAACAGUGAAGGAGAAAGACUAUCAUAUACAAUUAUCCAGAACAAAAGUGAUUGCAUCAAUAAGAAUUACACCUGGCAAAACUCUAAAAUAACAUUCGAUAAUGUAGGAAAUGGAUAUCUCGCCUUAUUUCAAGUUGCUACAUUUGAAGGGUGGAUGGAAGUCAUGGCAGAUGCAGUUGAUGCGACUGGAGUUGAUGAGCAACCUAUGUAUGAAGCAAAUCUUUACGCAUAUUUAUAUUUUGUGAUUUUUAUUGUUUGUGGAUCAUUUUUCACUUUGAAUCUAUUCAUUGGUGUUAUCAUAGAUAACUUCAACAUGCUUAAAAAAAAGUAUGAAGGUGGAGUAUUGGAAAUGUUUCUAACCGAAAGCCAAAAACACUAUUACACAGCUAUGAAAAAACUAGGACGUAAAAAGCCUCAGAAAGUUAUAAAAAGACCAAUCAACCAGUUUUUGGCAAUGUUUUAUGAUCUUUCAAAUUCCCGAAGAUUUGAAAUAGCCAUUUUUGGUUUGAUAUUUUUAAACAUGCUAACUAUGGGCAUUGAACAUUACAAUCAACAUCAUGCAAUAUUUUUUGUCCUAGAAGUGAGCAAUGCAUUUUUCACAACAGUAUUUGGCUUAGAAGCAAUGGUGAAAAUAAUAGGGCUACGAUAUCACUAUUUCACAGUGCCUUGGAAUCUUUUUGAUUUUUUGCUAGUUUUAGCAAGUAUCCUUGGAAUACUAAUGGAAGAUAUUAUGAUUGAUUUUCCAAUAUCUCCAACAUUAUUGCGAGUAGUAAGAGUAUUCCGUAUAGGAAGAAUUUUGAGACUGAUUAAGGCUGCCAAGGGAAUAAGAAAAUUGUUAUUUGCUCUUGUUGUUAGUCUUCCAGCACUUUUUAAUAUAGGAGCGCUACUAGCAUUAAUUACAUUUAUAUAUGCAAUUAUUGGAAUGUCUGUUUUUGGCCACGUCAAACAUCAAAAGGCAUUAGAUGAUAUGGUGAAUUUUGAAACAUUUGGUAGAAGUAUGCAACUGUUGUUUAGAUUGAUGACAUCUGCUGGCUGGAAUGAUGUGUUAGAAUCACUUAUGAUUCAGCCGCCAGAAUGUGAUCUUACUUUUAAUAGCCAGCCAAAUGGUAAUUGUGGUCAUCCGCUGCUGGCAAUCACCUAUUUUACCAGUUUUAUUAUAAUCAGUUAUAUGAUUGUAAUAAAUAUGUACAUAGCUAUUAUUCUUGAAAAUUUUAACCAAGCUCACCAAGAAGAAGAAAUAGGGAUUGUUGAAGAUGAUUUGGAAAUGUUUUACAUUCGUUGGUCAAAAUUUGAUCCCCAUGCCACACAGUUUAUUAGAUUUGGGCAAUUAUCUGACUUUAUUGCUAGUUUAGAUCCUCCGUUAGGAAUACCAAAGCCAAAUAUAGUAGCUUUGGUUAGUUUCAAUUUGCCAAUUUCACGUGGAAAUAAAAUUCACUGCCUUGAUAUUUUGCAUGCCCUUGUAAAACAUGUUUUGGGCCAUGUCGAAGAAACAGAAGAUUUCAAAAAAUUGCAAGAUCAAAUGGAUGUGAAAUUCAAGAAACAAUUUCCUACUAGAAAAGAGCUUGAAAUAAUUUCAUCGACUCGGAUGUGGAAACGCCAAGAUCGAGCUGCUAGAGUGAUACAAAGAAAAUUCAGGGAAUAUAGAAGGAGUAAGUUAGAAGAGCCGAUGCAAGAAGGGGAAGAUGGAGUUACUCAGACAAGCUCUCCUAGUGGAUGGCAAGGAAGAUUAUCAGCAUUUUUACAUGUUCACAGAGGAUCUCGAGCUUCCUCUAGGAAAUCCUCUCGUGCAAGUGAUGCUAGCGAUUUAUCUGAAUUAGGAACAGCUUGGUUAAAUUUACCUUUAUUUCUACUUUCUGGAACUCAACCUAAUGGGGAUUCUGAAAAUACUUCAAAUAAGUCUGAAGUGACCAUCUCAGCAAAUGAUCCUCCAUCGCAAACAUUAAAUAAACAAUGCUCAUUAGACCUUCCAGAAACUGGAGCUGUGUCAAUUACAGUUACUGAACCUUCUCCAGACAGUAUUCUACCUGCUCAAACUCGUAGAGCUGCUUUCAGAAGAAGCAGUGAACUGCCAAGGGUUGUACAAGCGCUAGUACACCGUGAGUCUGAGGAGUAUGAUGUAGACAGCUGAUCAUUAGCAAAUUACUUUUAUAAGUAUUGUCUGCUGUGGUCACUGUAGUUCAUGUUUUACAUCAUGAUGUGUUUAUAGUGUCCCAGUGUCUUAAAAAUAUUUGUUUCCAUGAACAGUCAUCGAACCGUUCAUGUUUUUGUGAUUUCUGUGUAAAAAACCAAUUAUAUAUUGCAUAAGGCUAUUAUUUAUAAUUAUAGCAGUUUGGUUUAUUUCGUAAAUAGAUAUACUUAUUAUAAAGUAACAAGUGGUACUCUAACCACUACCAUGUGAUCUACAUAUUAUAUUGAUGGCCUAACUACUUGAUGUUAACAUUGGUGUAUAUUAUAGAUGCUGAUUUAAAAAAAAAUCCUUUUUGAUUUUAUAAAAGGUAAUUUACAAACUUGUGAUAGUUCAAAAGUAGUUCUCUAAUUCCUUUUAAACUCAUGAGAUUAUUACCACUGCAAUCAAAACAGUCAUUAUUAUAGAAAUAAUAUAUUAGUGAUUGGGGAACGAUGAAUAUUUCAAAUUAAUACACUAUUUUUUAUUUUCAAUGUAUCUCACAAGACAGUGAAUCCAUUAAAAAAUUAUAUGUUGUUUGUUUUUUAUUAGCCUUCUGAUGUCACAUUUGUUGUACAUAAAUGUUGCAUUCCUCCCUGACAAUUGUACAACAUAUGUUAACAGUAAAUGUAUUUCAAAUCAUCAUAAAAUAGUAUUCUAUUAUUUCUUAAGAUUUUUUUCUGAACAAUGAGUUACAUUGUUGAUAUUGAUGAUUGAAUACCAAUAAAAUAUCACUGUCAUUAUAACGUUUAAUUAAUUAAAAAUUAAAUUUUCUCCAGACCAUUAUCAUUCCAUAUAUUAUAAACAGUGGUUGUAAACAGUAGACUCUUGUUAUUUGCGGAGGAUACGCACCUAACAACAUAAAUUUGUUUGAGGAAACCUCAAAUUUCAGGCUUCAAAGCAUUUUCUUCAAUCUACAUAACAAUCAGACACUUUCUGAUCGCAUGUGCUGUCAAUGUUAUGUAUGAAUUUAUGUACACAUAUUUUAGGGUUUUUUUAAUAAGAAAAAUACAAUGUACAGUAUUAUACAUAAAAUUUAUUCCACGCAGUAUUCCCACUCUCCUCUAGAACUCAACCAGGGGGGGGGGGCAACUGUGGAUGAGUGAAAGCGCGGGUAACGAGAGUCUACUGUAGCAAGAAAAGGGGAAAUUGUGGUUUAAUAUAUAGUUUGGAAUUUGUUGGCAAUAAUAAAAAUAUAAUUUUUACAAUUGCUCAUUUUUUUAUGCAGUGUUAUUUCACUGAAGCAGUAGUGAUACUUGUUUUGCCAUUAGAUAAAAAUUAAAUUCAAAUGUAAUUUUUUUUAUUGAUGCCCAAUGAAGAUUUUAUUAA